GACAUCGUGCCAAAAUGUCGUCCUGUCCGCACGGACCCUUCCUAGAAGGCAGACAUGCUCAUGUUUGCCAUGAAAAUUGUAUUUGAAGAAUGCCCAGGUAGGGUCAGUCACGGAAUCCCUAGAUGCGUAUACACCUUACCGCUGGAUGGGGAGCAUGGAGGGCAUUUUCACUCCACCCGUCUAUUUUAAUAUGGGGAAAAGACGGGAACCAGUCUCCGGUGUAAAGAUACGGAAGACUCUUCUGAGUGAAUCAGAUUGCGUCAAGUCUCCGACAUCAUCUUGCAUGAUAUCCCACGUCGUAACAGAGCCCUGGUGAAGAAUCUGAUUCACGUUAGGCAGGAGUCUUCACAAUGACAGGAAAUACGGUGAAGCGUCAUGUUCUUCGCAACUGAACGCAAUAAGUAUCCAUGCUUUUCGGACUGCCCACUGUCCAUCCUCUGUCACUCACACGGGUACCAUAUAUCAGCAUCCUUCGACUUCGCCACCAUUCACACCGUUCAUAUUCAUAUUGAUUUGGCGCGGAUAUGCAAGAAUCUGCCGCAAUGGCGAUCAGCAGAUCUAAUGGUGAGUCACUCGACAUGGUUUGUGGACAUCUACAAGACAUCGGGCACGACGGCAGUUGCGGCUUUGGCGUUCUUGUUCUGGGACAUGCUGAUCAACUUGUCGGAUGAGAUUGAGUAUAUUUGGAGGGCACGGAACACUUGGGUCAAAUGGGCGUACCUUUAUGUUCGACAUUUUCCCAUCCUUGGCAUAGCUUCGAUAAUGGUACUGAACACCGGCGUAAGCGUUGCAGAACGUUUCACACCCAGACAGUGUACAGGCUGGCUCGUGGUGCAAGGCUGUACCUUGUUAUCUGUGGUUUUGUUGGUCGACGCAAUACUCAUACUGCGAAUAUACGUUCUAUUUGCUCGUAACAGGGCCCUGCUUGUUACACUUGUGAUCGCUUUUGCGAUUGAGACGUCAUCUACAAUCAUUUGUUCAGUCCUCGCUGUGCCAAGAAUGACUGUUGGAUCCGAGUGUCUCAUCUUGAAGGCACCAAUAGUCUAUACUGGAAAUUGGUUGGCCUCGAUGGGAAUGCAAACGAUCCUGUUCAUUUUAACCUGCUACCGCUUCUACACCAGCGUCGAUCGACGCUUGGGCACUCGAUCCAUACUACGUAUUCUGAUUCGAGAUGGCAUCUGGGCUUUCGCUUUCAUUUUUGUUGUUGCCUUGACAAACGUGCUGCUCCUUCGGCUCCAACAAAGUAUCAUUUCUGGAAUUUGUUUUGUCUGGGCAAUUGUCGCAUUUUCUUUUGCAGGGUCACAUUUGCGGCUGAACGUAGUCAAGGAACCCGUCCAUCCUUCAACCCCGUCCAACAUGCUGACCAUUACCGAAAUGGAGUUUAGAACUAUUGGGAACGCCAAUGCCUCCUUGUGAGCCUUGGCAGGAUUCGCUCUUGAAGAAAUACUGUAAUCCUAAAGUUUCGAAAGUCGGGCGUGGGCAAAUAACAAAGACACAUGGCCCAUGCUUGUCUUCUUUUUCUGUUGUUUGUCUUCUCUUUCUGUUGCUUGUCUUCUUUUCCUGUUGCUUGUCAUUCUCGCUCGUGAUUUUUACUGAGGAUUGGACACUGAAUCCUUGAUGUUAGUUCAACGAAAUAUGAUACAAAAAAUCCAACAAAUCAGUCUCUCCGAU